AUGGUUUUCUUCUUUUCCAUCAGGUUUGUCAAAUUCGUCUUCCCUACUCUUCCUAUCAUCUCUAGGACACUAUUCGGUCUCACCUCUACUCGCAUCACACCCGAUCAACAUGUCCUUAACAGCAUGCCGGUCCAUCUCCUGGCCGCUAUAUACGCUUCGGCACAGCCAUUUACCAAGUUUGACGAGUAUCUCUCAGUUCUCAACGCUUACAAAACGCCGCCAACUGAGCAGCUCUGGCGCAUAGUGUGGGAGAUUCUCCUACAAGAGAUACACACUCCUCACUUAGCAGCCCUUCAAGCAGGACUUCUUUACUUGCACAAAGCACCCGAAAAGAGUCAAAGUGCUGUUGCUGACAGCGCAUCUGUAUGGUCUUUUGUUGGAUUGCUCGUCGGACUUGCUACAUCGCUCGGUCUUCAGCUGGAAUGUGGGCCGAUGGGCCUUCCGGCCUGGGAGCGGCGAUUGCGAAGAAGACUAUGGUGGGCGAUUCAUGCCGAGGACAAAUGGAGAAGCCUCCUAAUGGGUAGACCCCCAUAUAUCAGAAAUGAUGAGUGGGAUGUAGCAGAACUCGACAACAAUGAUUUCCAAAUUGAUGAAGCGCAGAUCGCCCUGUUGUCACCUCCAAACAGCCUCCUGACACAAGAUGUACUGCAUGCGCAGCAAUUCCAAUGUUUUGCCCGUUUGUCUCGAAUAGCAGACGAGGUGCAGCACGACCUUUACGCUCUGCGGUCAUCACAGCGCCUAUCAUCGAAUUUCUCGGAAUCUCUCAAAACUGCUCGUCCACUCCUACAAAGGCUGAGGGAAUGGUACGUCCAAUUACCGGCAACACUCAGACUGCAUGAUAGGCUUUUCGCAUCCAUCGACGGGACAGGUCCGCAAUUAACCUGUCUUCAUUUUGCAUACACGCUCUUGGAAGUGUUUAUCUUCCGCGCUCUUCUGCGACCUAUGGUCCGAUCAGCUACUCCGCCGCCCUUAUUCGAAGAAACAGAAACAAACAACUUCACCACGGCCCUUGAUGAUUACAUCUUUCAUAUCAUGGAACCUGACGAAAUUGAACCGACCCCAGCAAUAGACCUGUCAAAUGAGAAUGGUGCGGGGAGUGCAGUUCUCAAAGCGGCCGAGAACUGCGCAGCGAAGAUGCUCCGAUUGGUGAUGAGAAUGGCAUAUAGUGACUUGGCUGGGCAAUGGUUUUCAUGGUCUCGGAUCGGUUUUGCGACGGUUUCCAGCUUCAUGUUACUCUUACUCGUACAAGCACCGUCGAAAGAUCAAGCCAUCAGGGCCAGACAAUUAGUGCAUAUGUGGCGACAGGCGCUUCGAAGGCAGAGCGAUGGUUCCUCGUUGAUGAAUCUGGCUCUGGUACGGUUGGAUGGAAUUCACUGGACCGGACUGUGCCGGAAUUAUUACCUUCCAAAGCAUGUCAAGGAAGCGCUUGAUGAGACUGUGUACCAGUAG